UUUUAUUUCAAAAGUUUUCGUUUAUAAUUCCGAUAUAUCGUGGUUUUAAACCAUCGCAUGGUCUUGCAGCUCUUCUCCCGUCCAUUUCAUCAGCCCGGCCGUCACAUAAUCAUUUUACGCGAAAUUGUUUUGUACGUUUGAAGGCGUUUUUCACUGGAUUUGUUCUAGGAGUUGAUUUAAAAUGAUAGCUAACGCUGUACGGGGGCGGCAUAUAAUGCGCGCUUUUAGUACGACAGUUGUGUGGACCCGCAAUCGUCCUGGACAAAGUGCCUUGAUUAGACAUUUUACCGAGAAGGCGACGCGCCUCGAGAGAUGCAGUGGUGCGACAAUGAUGGCUCAGCGCUUCUACAGUCGCAGGCGCGAUGAUCCCGACGACAAGAAAGCGCCAGCGGCACCAGAAUUGCUGUCCGACCGAGAUUCGAACCUGCCUGCCACAGUGGCCGUGCCCGACGUAUGGCCACAUGUUCCGCUGCUGGCCAUGCGUAGGAAUCCCUUGUUUCCGCGCUUCAUGAAGAUUUUGGAGGUGUCCAAUCCAAUUAUUAUGGAUCUGCUGCGUCGCAAACUGAAGCUCAAUCAGCCCUACAUUGGGGUUUUCCUCAAGAAAGUCGAUGGCGAAGAGGAGGUUGUCCAGAGUCUGGACGAUGUCUACCACAUAGGCACUUUUGCACAGAUCCAAGAGGUUCAGGAUUUGGGCGACAAGCUGCGCAUGGUGGUGGUGGCCCAUCGUCGAAUACGCAUCACAGGACAGGUGAUCGAGGAUCUGCCGCCACCGAAAAAACCAGUGAAAAUGACAACUUUGCAUUAUCCACUAUUUAAUAUUAAAUUACACAUCCCAGCUGAAGAUCAAACAACAAGCGACGAUUCAUCGACAACGACAAUGCCACAAAGUGAACGCCGCAAAGCCCGUCGCGCGCAGAGGCAGAAAAUUCUAGAGGCUGCGGCUACCGCUGAUCUGGAACACAAAAUCGCAAUGAAUGUGGAACCGCGUGCGCAUAUGUCAGAGAAAUUUGAAGCUCUCAAGGCGGCAAACAAAGCCACACUUGAAGCCGAAGCGAGCAAAUCAGAGUCCGCAGACUCCGGUGCAGAGCCCGAUGCAGCGCCCGCUUCAACGCCUGUGCUCAUUGUGGAGGUGGAGAAUGUGAAGCAAUCGGCCUUUACACACACCAAUGAAGUCAAGGCUCUGACCCAAGAGAUAAUAAAGACUCUACGCGACAUCAUCACCAUGAAUCCCCUCUAUAGGGAGAGUCUCCAUCAAAUGUUACAUCAGAACCAACGGGUUGUGGAGAAUCCCGUCUACCUAUGCGACUUGGGUGCCUCCCUGUCAGCCGGUGAUCCAGAGGAGCUGCAGAAUAUCCUAGAGGAAUCAGAUAUCCCAAAACGACUGCAGCUGUCACUGACCUUGCUCAAAAAGGAGCUGGAGCUAUCGACACUGCAGGCGAAAAUUGGACGCGAAGUGGAGGAAAAAGUCAAGCUGCAGCACCGCAAAUACAUACUCCACGAACAGCUGAAGGUGAUCAAGAAGGAGCUGGGCAUUGAGAAGGACGACAAGGAUGCCAUCGGCGAAAAGUAUAAAGAAAAGCUGAAAGACAAAAUCGUUCCAGCAAGUAUUCAGCUGGUCAUCGAUGAGGAACUAACAAAACUGAACUUCCUGGAGAGCCAUAGCUCUGAAUUUAAUGUAACACGCAACUACCUCGACUGGCUCACCUCGCUACCCUGGGGAGUCAUUAGCACUGAGAAUCUCUGCCUGGAAAAGGCCGACGAGAUCCUAAACAAUGAUCAUUACGGCAUGGAUGAUAUCAAGAAGCGCAUCCUAGAGUUUAUUGCCGUCAGUUCGCUGAAGGGCACCACGCAGGGAAAGAUUUUGUGCUUCCAUGGACCGCCUGGUGUGGGCAAGACGAGCAUUGCCAGGUCCAUUGCUCGGGCCCUGAAUCGCGAGUACUUCCGCUUCAGUGUGGGCGGCAUGACGGAUGUCGCUGAGAUCAAGGGACAUCGUCGCACCUACGUGGGCGCAAUGCCUGGCAAGCUGAUUCAGUGCCUGAAAAAGACCAAGGCGGAGAAUCCACUAGUGCUCAUUGAUGAGGUGGAUAAGAUUGGCAAAGGCUACCAGGGGGAUCCCAGCUCGGCGCUGUUAGAGCUGCUCGAUCCCGAGCAGAAUGCCAAUUUCCUGGACCACUAUCUGGACGUGCCCAUCGACCUGUCGCGUGUGCUCUUCAUUUGCACGGCCAACGUGAUUGAUACCAUACCGGAGCCACUGCGCGAUCGCAUGGAGUUGAUUGAGAUGUCCGGCUAUGUGGCAGAGGAGAAGGUGGCCAUUGCUCGUCAGUAUCUGAUACCUCAGGCAAUGAACGACUGUGGCCUAACCGACGAGACCACCAGCAUCAGCGAUAAUGCACUGAGCAUGCUGAUACGCAGCUAUUGCCGCGAGUCCGGGGUGCGCAAUUUGCAGAAGCAAAUCGAGAAGGUUAUACGCAAGGUGGCCUUCCUUUUGGUCAAGAAGAAGGGCACCAAUUUCCCAGUGGAUGCCGAGAACCUGACCACAUUCCUGGGCAAGCAGAUAUUUACCUCCGAUCGCAUGUACGAGACGACGCCACCGGGCGUGGUCAUGGGCCUGGCCUGGACGGCCAUGGGCGGCUCAUCUCUGUACAUUGAGACAUCGCCGAGGAACAAAUUCAAAAGCCAGGGCUCCAAAGCAGAAGCCGUCGGUGGAGGCGGCGGUGGAGGCAAUUUGUAUAUCACCGGAAACCUUGGAGAUGUGAUGAAGGAGUCGGCCCAAAUAGCCCUCACGGUGGCGCGUAACUUUAUUUACGUGCGCGAUCCUAACAAUCAGUACCUAGAGACGGAAAACAUCCACUUGCAUGUGCCUGAGGGGGCUGUACCAAAGGAUGGACCCAGCGCUGGCGUCACCAUAAUCACGGCCUUGAUUUCGUUGGCCACCAAAAAGUCUGUGCGCAAUGAUGUGGCCAUGACGGGCGAGAUCUCGUUGAAGGGCAAAGUUCUGCCCGUAGGCGGCAUCAAGGAGAAGGCCAUAGCUGCACGUCGCAGUGGCGUCAACUGCCUCAUCCUGCCCGCGGACAACAAGAAGGACUUCGAGGAGUUGCCCAAAUUCAUAACCGAUGGCCUGGAGGUUCAUUUUGCGGCCAACUACGAGGAUGUCUACAACAUCGCCUUUUCCGAACCCACCAAAAACGAGGGCAAGGCCAAAGAAGUGCAGGUGCCGGAGCUGGAGCAGGAGCCCCUCGAGAAGGUGGCCAGCGCGGCCAGCGCCAUGCCAACGAGGCCUUAAUCGUAGUUAAAGUAGCAUAGGGGUUGGGUUGGGGGUUGCAUCGAUGUAUUGACGUCGAUAUCAGGUUAAUUAGUGUAUGUAGAUGUAGACAAUACAAAAGCAUUUGCUACACC